AUGUGCCGCCCGAAGGCUCCCUGCCUGCUGGCCGCCGCCUUGCUGGGCGGGCUGGCCGGCCUGCUGGUGCUGCGCCGCGGCCCGUCGCCCUUCCCCGCCCGAGAGCGGCGGCGGCCCCCGGGGUCCCCGGCGGCGCGGCUCCUGGGCCAGGCGUGCGAGGCCCUGGCGGGCGAGGGGCGCGCCUUCGUGUGGGGCGGCGGCGGGCUGGGGCUGGGGCGGCGGGGCGGCGGGGCGCCUUGCGGCGAGCGCUACCUGAGCCGUCCCCUGUCGGCGGAGGAGGCCGCCUUCCCGCUGGCCUACAGCAUCACCCUGCACAAGGACUUCGGCACCUUCGAGCGGGCCUUCCGCGCCCUCUACGCGCCCCACAACGUGUACUGCGUGCACGUGGACGAGAAGGCGCCGGCCGCCUUCAAGCGCGCCGUGGGGCGCCUGCUGGGCUGCUUCCCCAACGCCUUCCUGGCCUCCCGGGCCGAGCCGGUGGUGUACGCCGGCAUCUCCCGCCUGCAGGCCGACCUGCACUGCAUGCGGGACCUGCUGCGCUCCGGCACGCGCUGGAAGUACCUGCUCAACCUGUGCGGCCAGGACUUCCCCCUGCGCACCAACCGCGAGACGGUCCGCCACCUGAAGGCCUUCGCGGGGAAGAACAUCACCCCCGGCAUCCUUCCCCCGGCGCCCAUGAAGGUGAGGACCAGGCACGUGUACAAAGAGCGCAUGACCAGGGGCGCUUCCCACAUGGUCCGCACCGGGGCCUUGAAAGGACCCCCGCCCCACAACCUGACCAUCUACUUUGGCUCUGCUUACGUGGCCCUCACCUGGCCCUUUGUGGAGUUUCUCUUCAAGGAUCGGCGCGCCCUGGAUUUGCUGGAGUGGUCCAAGGACACCUACAGCCCCGACGAGCAUUUCUGGGUGACCCUCAAUAGGAUCCCAGGUGUCCCUGGUGCCAUGCCAAACGCUUCAUGGGAAGGUGACUUGAGAGCCAUUAAGUGGAGUGAUAUGGCCAGCGUUCAUGGAGGGUGUCAUGGUCAUUAUGUCAGAGGCAUUUGUAUCUAUGGGACUGGUGACCUAAAGUGGCUGCUGAACUCCAAAAGCCUGUUUGCUAACAAAUUUGAACUUGGAACCUACCCACCGACCGUGGAGUGCUUGGAACUUAUACUUCGGGAGAGAGCCCUGAACCAGAGCGAGGUACCGGUGGAACCAAGUUGGUACUUUUAGCCAAACUGUGAGGCUCCCUUAAAGCUGAUGAGCAGAGACAAUAAUGGA